AAACGUCAUACUUGCACAAUGUAUUUGCACGGUCCAAUGUUAAAACAACACAAUUAAAGUUUCAGUUUUAUUACGUUAAAUUCUUACUGUCAAUUAUUAACAGAUAACUGAUUCUUUCCAUUACUGAUUAUAGCUCUUAUGCUUCACGUACACUAUUAUAAACGUACAUAUUUCAAUAAAAACAUCCAUUCAAAAUUUACAAUAGAGAAGCUACACAUUUAUUUUAUACGACAUAACAUCAAACUCAGAUAGUAUUACAAUGAAAUCUGAAAAAUCUGUAAACGAUAAAGAAUUAGCGGAAUUGGUCAAGGAUAAUUACGAAUGGAAAAUCGUUUGGAAGAAUGUCAUUAUUUUUCUCUAUAUUCAUCUUGCUGCCAUUUAUGGAUUUUAUGUGUUAUGUUUCCGAGUUAAAUUUUGGUCAAUUAUUUGGACUCUCAUUUUCUUUGCUGCUGCGAUAAUAGGCAUGACGGCUGGCGCUCAUAGAUUAUGGUCCCAUCGGUCUUUUAAAGCAAAAUGGCCCAUGAAAUUUAUUCUCAUGAUCUUCCAAACCAUAGCUUUUCAAGAUGACAUUUACCAAUGGGCCAGAGAUCAUCGAGUGCACCACAAAUUCACCGAUACCAAUGCGGAUCCGUAUAACGUAAAAAGAGGAUUUUUCUUCUCGCAUAUCGGUUGGCUUCUAAUUCGUAAGCAUCCUGAUGUUAUGAUCAAAGGUGCUACGAUUGAUUGCAGCGAUCUCGAUCGAGAUCCAAUCGUGGCAUUUCAAAAAAAGUGGUACAUGUAUUUAAUGCCGCUGUGCUGUUUUGUCAUACCAACAUUAGUACCUUGGUUGGCAUGGGAUGAAAGUUUGUGGUAUUCGUGGCAUCUCGCAGUCUACAGAUAUUGCAUGAGCCUAAAUUCGACUUGGACAAUAAAUUCUAUAGCUCAUAUGUGGGGUAUGAAACCGUAUGACAAGUCGCUCAGUUCAGCCCAAAAUGCCAGUGUUUCUUUGUUCACGUUAGGCGAAGGCUGGCAUAACUAUCAUCACGCCUUUCCUUGGGAUUAUAAAGCGGAGGAACUUGGAAGUUAUGGACUCAAUUUGACAACAGCUUUUAUCGACUUUUUCGCUUCCUUAGGUUUAGCUUACGAUUUAAAAACUACAUCUGAUGAUGUAAUAAAGAAACGUGUUCUUCGAAGCGGAGAUAUCAAUGAAUAUAAACAUCAUAUAAAGUAAAAUCAAUAUUUACGAAAUGGAGAAGACUUUUUUUACAUGUACCAUUACAUCGAUUUUCUAUUGAAUUACGCUGUUUUGAAAAUCGAGCACCAUUCAAAGAGUGUUGUUUGUAUAGAAAAAAUAUAUCAAUAUUGGCAUACUAUUUUGUUCUUGGAUAAUAUUUCUUAAACAAAAACCGAAUAUAAAAGUUUAAAAACAAAUACAAACCAAAGUAUCUUCUACCAAAUAGUAUAGUAGUUUUUGCAAUAUAGUUCAGUAAUAAUUUUUGCAACAUAAUUCAAGAACAGCGUCUAAGAAAGUGUAAUAUUUAUAUUAACAUUAAUGUAAUAAUAAUAAAAAUGUGUACAUAUGGACGAAUUCAAAAGGGCAAAGUUGCGGAUU